CGACGUGCCCACGCCCCCCCCCCCCACCAGCACCCUCACCGCGGCUUCCUCCCCGACCACAACUAUGUGACCGAAGCUGAUAUCAUCUCCACCGUAGAGUUCAACCACACUGGAGAGCUGCUGGCCACCGGCGACAAGGGUGGCAGAGUGGUCAUCUUCCAGAGAGAACCUGAAGGCAAGACGGAGCCGUUCUCGCAGGGCGAGUACAACGUGUACAGCACCUUCCAGAGCCACGAGCCCGAGUUCGACUACCUGAAGAGCCUGGAGAUCGAGGAGAAGAUCAACAAGAUCCGCUGGCUGCCCCAGCAGAACGCCGCCCACUUCCUCCUCUCCACCAAUGACAAGACCAUCAAACUGUGGAAGGUGAGCGAGAGGGAUAAACGGCCAGAGGGAUACAACCUGAAGGAUGAGGAGGGUCGGAUCAAGGACGUCUCCACCGUCACCUCCCUGCAGGUGCCCGUGCUGAUGCCCAUGGACCUGAUGGUCGAGGUGAGCCCGCGGAGGGUGUUUGCCAACGCCCACACCUACCACGUCAACUCCAUCUCCGUCAACUCCGACUGCGAGACGUACCUGUCGGCGGACGACCUGCGCAUCAACCUGUGGCACCUGGGCAUCACCGACCGCAGCUUCAACAUCGUGGACAUCAAGCCGGCCAACAUGGAGGACCUGACGGAGGUCAUCACGGCGGCCGAGUUCCACCCGUUCCACUGCAACCUGUUUGUGUACAGCAGCAGCAAGGGGACGCUGAGGCUGUGUGACAUGAGGGAGCAGGCCCUGUGCGACAGGCACUCCAAGCUUUUCGAGGAGCCUGAGGACCCCAGUGCCCGCUCCUUCUUCUCAGAGAUCAUCUCCUCCGUGUCCGACGUCAAGUUCAGCCACAGCGGGCGCUACCUGCUCACCCGCGACUACCUGACCGCCAAGGUCUGGGACCUCAACAUGGAGAACAAGCCCCUGGAGACAUACCAGGUUCACGAUUACCUCCGCAGUAAAUUGUGCUCCCUCUACGAGAACGACUGCAUCUUCGACAAGUUUGAGUGUGCAUGGAACGGCUCCGACAGCGUAAUCAUGACGGGGGCCUACAACAACUUCUUUCGCAUGUUCGACCGCAACACGAAGCGCGACGUGACGCUGGAGGCGUCGCGCGAGAGCAGCAAGCCGCGCGCCGUGUUGAAGCCGCGGCGGGUCUGCGCGGCCGGCAGCAAGCGGCGCAAGGACGACAUCAGCGUGGACAGCCUGGACUUCAGCAAGAAGAUCCUGCAUACGGCAUGGCAUCCCGCCGAGAACAUCAUCGCCAUCGCCGCCACCAACAACCUGUACAUCUUCCAGGACAAACUCAACUCCGAGAUGCACUAGCCAGUGGCAGGACGGACACGGCGGCGUGCGCUGCGUGUACCUGGCGUGUACUGUGUGUGCACAUGUGUGUGUGUGUGUGUGUGUGUGUGCGCAUGUGUGCGUGACACUAGGGAUGUGGGGGCGUAAAAAGACAAACGUGCCAGCAUGAAGGGAUACUAACGCUGGGCACACCCAUGCAUACACACACACACACACACACACACACACACACACACACACACACACACACACACACACACACACACACAGACACACACACACACACACACACACACACACACACACACACACACACACACACACACACACACACACACACACACACACAUACAUAAACACACACACACAUUUGUAUGUGUGUUCUUGUACACACCUACCUGAUCCGGAUCCAUACACACCCUGUCACCACUCUGGGCCCCGGGAGUCCAGGAGCCUUCCAUGGUGACGACAAAUACCCCUCAAACACACACACACACACACACACACACACACACACACACACACACACACACACACACACACACACACACACACACACACACACACACACACACACACACACACACACACACACAGGACCCUCUCCAGGGACCAACCAUGGGGACUAUGCUGGAUUACAGAAUGCAUCUUAACCAUCCCUCAAACCAACACCCUGGACCCUCUCCUGAUUGGACGAUGAUACCUUGUGUAGGAGGGGCUCCAGAUCGGGGCUGCAGGAUCCUGAAGGCAGGAAGUAUUCGGGAACAGACGGAAAGUGGGUUUAGUGUCGCUGUUCUUAGUUCACAUCCCUCCGCCCUACUUUUGUAAGCAGCCACGCCCUGCUUCCUGGGGGGAACCUCUCUCAACCAAACCCCCUCAUGGUGUUUGGUAACGUGCCUACGGUUUACUUUUUUUUUUCGGGGCGGCGGUGCCUCGUCGUUGUUAACCGGUGUUAGCCACGCGUCAGGCAUUUAUGCAACAUGCUGUGCAUUUGAUUUGAAAAUACUAAGCCGACUUGAUGAAAACAUGUUUUUUUUUGCAUAUUCCUGGUAAGAAAAAGUCAAUGAUGGAGAUCAUGAUGAUGGUGAUGCUGAUGGUGAGAACUGUUGCCAUGGCAACCGGGGAUUCCAGACUCCAUACUCCCCAUCCCCGUAUCGGCCGGGAGCGCCCUAACCCUCUGACCCCCCCACCCUCUCCUGGGGGGGGGGGGGGGGGGCUGUUCAGGGGGUCAUGGAACGGGGCUCCAAAUGUAUUCCGUGUGUCAAGGAGCGGAGGCAGUAGACCCUUACAGGGACAGGGGCCCGGGUGUCUGUCCCCCCCCCCCCCCCCCCCCCCCCACUGCUGUCUACUCCACGAGCUCACAUUACAGUAGCUUCUCGUCCAGCCUGAUCAGGAGCCCUCCUCAUUGUUAUUUUCCGUUGGAUGGUUGGAUUCUGCUGCCAGUGAAUCGGGAGUGUGGGAGGGGGGGGGGGGGGGGGAGGCUUUGAAGGAGCAAAGAUAAAUGUAUAAAAAUAAACGAAAAACUGAAAAAAAAGGAAAUAAAUUAUUCUAAACUGUUCGAGAGCAAAAAAACAAUGCUGCAUGUCCAACUGAACUUAGGCUAGGUGUGUAUAGGUCAAACCACUGACAUGGCUGCCUUUGUGACCCUUUAGUCUCAGCUGUAUAAACGCUUCGGAGGGACCGGUGACCACAGAUGAGCGAGCUCUCCUACUCUAUUCUUUGUGUCUCAGGAGAAUGAAGCAUGUUUACGUGUUCGGAUCACCCACACAUGUACCUUUUGAAUGAAGCCGCCCAAUAAUCUGUUUUUGACACGUUGAAGCUGAGAAUCAUGGAUAUGGGGAAUGUUUUCUUUUUGAUUUGUCUGAUUAAUAUUGUAUUCUCAAAAACAAAACAAAAAAACGACUUUCAAGGGCCUGUAUAUAUUGAUUAUUCUAUUUUUUCUGGGGGGAUUAGGUUUGGAGAUUUUUUCUGUUUCUUUAACUUAUCUUCACAAGUUGAUGACCAGAGACAAGGACCUGUUGUGAUCGCCUGCAGGAGAGCCGAAUGCAGAGAUAGUGCUUUGGUCUCUACAGCCUUCUUCAUGGAUUUAUUUGGCGGAUAUGCAGAAUCUGUUGCUCUUUUUUUUUUUUUAACACAGUUUAUUCUUUUAUUUCUACUAUUUUUUAAACAUGUACUGGUCCAAUUUCAUGCACUGACUGAACUAAUGUUUGAUUAUUCACAUAUUUUUGUGUUCAUGUAUUUUGAUGAAAGAAUUGUCAAAUGGACAGUUAUAAAUAAUGUUUCUUUUUUCUUGAAUAAAUAUUUCAACGAAAUUGCAUCCGAA